ACAGCGCGAGUUGAGCGCGCCAACAUGUUCCUGUUAUGUGUGAAAGAGAGAGUUUUAUUUGUUUUUUUUAGCGCUGGAAGUGGUUACAUCCUGACACGCGGGACAGAAGCAAGGUCGCAUUGUGUAUUCCAGAAACCAGCUAAUGCCGGCUGGUUUAGCGGACACCCCUGCUGAAAUCUGGAGGAAAACACACAGAGGAUGCAGAGGGGGAUCACAAAGUCGAGGAAAGAGGACUGGGUCGAGACAACAGAGACUUAUGGAGAAGAGGAGUUUGGUCGGUAAUACCAUUCCGGCUGACUGGAAGUGCACUGAGAGCGUUAAACAAGGAAAACUGCAUGGACCAUCAGACAAAUUUAAUACCUAUGUGACUCUAAAAGUUCAAAACUUGAGAAGUACCACCGUGGCAAGACGAGGAAAUGAACCCAUUUGGGAACAGGAUUAUAUGUUUGAACUUAAUGAUUUAGGAAAGGGUCUUGUUGUUGAAGUAUGGGACAAAGGCUUGAUAUGGGAUGUUCUUCUGGGCACUGUAUGGAUUCCUCUCAGAACAAUUACGCAUGCAACUGAGGAAGGAGCUGGAAAUUGGUGGAAUUUGAAUUCUGAAGUUCUGACAAAUGGGGGUGAAAUUUGUGACGCAAAAAAUCCAACGUUUCAUGAAAUUCUAUUGGAUACUUACUUUGAACUGCCUGCUGAAAUCCCAAAGGAUGAGGCACAGUAUUUAGUGGAACAUCUGUGCAGUCUAAAUGCUCAAUUUGAACAGGAAACCAUUAGUAAUGCAAUCCAUUAUAAAAAUCAUCUGAACCAGGUUGAAACAUCAUCGUCUGUUCAAAAUUAUAGUACUUGUGAAGAUUGUGAUUCACAAAGUGAUCCUAAUAAUCCAUCAAAGAAACUUGGAAAUGGAGAACUGAAGCAUCUUUCUGACUUGACUGACAUGAACAUCAAAACCAAGGAGGCACCAGAGGAAGAAUUAAGAAAUGAAGAGGUAGUUUGUACCAGAAGUAUUUCAAGGUCAAGAUGGAGAAAAGUUGUUGAAAAAGCUCAGCUCUCAAGUGGAAAUGUUUUUGGUGCAUCUAGCCUUUCUAACCUCAAGACCCCAGGAGGGGUUGGAAGUGUGCUGUACGGCAUUGACAGCAUGCCAGAUCUACGGCGGAAGAAGACGAUGCCUAUUGUUCGAGAUGUGACCUUUGCUGCUAGAAAAGCAGGUAUAUCUUUUGCCAUGGUUGCUAGAACCUCGAUAAACGAUCAAGAAUUGAAAUUACAUGUUUACAAGAAAACAUUACAGGCCUUAAUCUACCCAAUAUCAUCAACUACACCGCACAACUUUGAAGUGUGGACAGCAACAACUCCAACUUACUGCUACGAAUGUGAAGGGCUGCUGUGGGGCAUAGCAAGACAAGGCAUGCGAUGUAGUGAGUGUGGUGUCAAAUGCCAUGAGAAGUGUCAAGACCUUCUCAAUGCUGACUGUUUGCAACGAGCGGCAGAGAAAAGCUCAAAGCAUGGUGCAGAGGACAAAACACAAAACAUUAUUGCAGCCAUGAAGGAAAGAAUGAAAAUCAGAGAGAGAAACAAGCCUGAGAUAUUUGAGUUGAUCCAAGCACAAUUUGAAGUGUCUAAGGAAGACUAUGCACAGCAUCUGAAGGCAGCAAAGCAAAAUGUGUUGGAGGGAACAUCUAAAUGGUCAGCAAAGAUAAAAAUAACAGUGCUCUGUGCUCAGGGUUUACAAGCGAAAGAUAAGACUGGCUCAAGCGACCCUUAUGUCACAGUGCAAGUGGGUAAAACCAAAAGGAGGACUAAAACCAUUUUUGGGAAUCUCAACCCAAGCUGGGAUGAAACUUUUCACUUUGAGUGCCAUAAUUCCACUGAUAGAAUAAAGGUUAGAGUCUGGGAUGAAGAUGAUGACAUCAAGUCUCGAGUUAAACAACAUUUCAAAAAAGAAUCAGAUGACUUUCUUGGACAAACAAUUAUUGAAGUCCGAACAUUGAGCAGUGAGAUGGAUGUCUGGUACAACUUGGAGAAGAGAACGGACAAAUCUGCUGUUUCUGGUGCAAUUAGAAUGAAAAUUGCCGUUGAAAUUAAGGGUGAAGAAAAAGUGGCCCCGUAUCAUGUGCAGUACACCUGCUUACAUGAGAAUCUUUUCAGUUAUUUGACUGAAACAAAGUAUAAUGGUGUUGUGAAGAUUCCACAAGUGAAAGGAGAUGAGGCAUGGAAGGUGUACUUUGAAGAUAAUGCUCAGGAAAUUGUGGAUGAAUUUGCGAUGCGCUAUGGUGUUGAAUCAAUUUACCAGGCCAUGACGCAUUUCUCCUGCCUGUCAUCCAAGUACAUGUGCCCAGGGGUUCCAGCAGUAAUGAGCACCUUGUUGGCCAAUAUUAAUGCCUUCUUUGCUCAUACCACAGCUACAACAAAUGUUUCAGCCUCAGAUCGAUUUGCUGCCUCAAACUUCGGAAGAGAAAAAUUUAUAAAACUCUUGGAUCAGUUGCACAAUUCUCUGAGGAUUGACCUAUCUAAAUAUAGGGAUAAUUUCCCAGCAAGUAAUCCGGAAAGGCUGCAAGACCUGAAGUCAACGGUGGAUCUUUUGACCAGCAUUACCUUUUUCCGUAUGAAGGUUCAAGAACUUCAGAGCCCUCCUAGAGCAAGUUCUGUGGUGAAAGAUUGUGUCAAAGCUUGCCUGGACUCAACAUACAAAUAUAUUUUUGACAACUGCUAUGAUCUAUAUAACCAGUUGCUGGACCAGAGUAAAAAACAAGACAUUCCUCGCGAGGAACAGGGACCCAGCAUCAAAAACUUGGAAUUCUGGCCUAAGCUCAUUACUUUGAUGGUUUCUUGUGUAGAAGAGGACAAGACAGCCUAUACUCCUAUCCUGAACCAGUUUCCUCAGGAACUUCACAUGGGAAGAUUGAGUGCCGAGGUCAUGUGGCAGUUGUUUGCCCAGGACAUGAAGUAUGCACUUGAAGAACAUGAAAAACAUCGAUUAUGCAAGAGUGCUGAUUAUAUGAAUUUGCACUUCAAAGUAAAAUGGUUUUACAAUGAAUAUGUGCGAGAUCUUCCGGGUUUCAAAGAUGCAGUAGCAGAAUAUUCUUUGUGGUUUGAACCUUUUGCCAUUGAUUGGUUGGAUGAAAAUGAAGAUGUGUCAAUGGAAUUUCUUCAUGCAGCACUUGAAAGGGACAAAAAAGAUGGAUUCCAGCAAACGUCAGAGCAUGCUCUAUUUUCUUGCUCUGUGGUGGAUGUCUUCACUCAACUGAAUCAAAGUUUUGAAAUUAUCAAAAAAUUAGAAUGUCCUAAUCCUGAGGCAUUGGCACACUUUGUGAGAAGAUUCGCUAAGACUAUCAAUAAAGUUCUCCUCCAGUAUGCUGCCAUUGUCUCCAAAGAAUUUAGCUCACACUGUUCUAAAGAAAAGCUGCCUUGCAUCCUGAUGAACAACAUACAACAACUGAGGGUCCAGCUGGAGAAAAUGUUUGAAUCAAUGGGUGGUAAAGAGCUUGAUGCAGAGGCCAGUUGUAUCUUGAAAGAACUGCAGGUCAAACUUAAUGGUGUCUUGGAUGAACUCAGCAAUAUCUUUGCCACAAGUUUCCAGUCCGUAAUCGAAGAAUGUGUGAAACAGAUGAACCUCGAGUUGUAUCAAAUGAGAGGAAAUGGAAAUGCAUCUACCAACAGAAACAACGCAGCCCUCGAUGCAGAAACUGUCUUGAGGCCUUUAAUGGACCUUCUGGAUAAAAAUCUGACACUGUUUGCUAAAAUCUGUGAGAAGACUGUUCUGAAAAGGGUUCUGAAGGAGCUUUGGAAGUUAAAUCUGAACACAAUAGAAAGAAAGGUUGUCCUGCCUCCGCUAACUGACCAAAGUGGAGCGCAAAUGAUAUUAAGUGCAGCGAAGGACUUGGGCCAACUAUCAAGGCUGAAGGAACAUGUGAUUCGGGAAGAGGUGAAAAGUCUCAGUCCACGCCAAUGUGCAAUAAUGGAGGUUGUACUGGCCACAAUAAAGCAAUAUUUCCACGCUGGAGGAAAUGGCCUGAAAAAGACAUUCUUAGAGAAGAGCCCAGAUCUACUGUCCUUGAAAUAUGCACUCAGCCUCUACACUCAGACAACUGAUGCCCUGGUUAAAAAAUUUAUCAGCACACAGUCUUUACAAGUUCAAUCUACAAAUGGCUCAGUGGGAGAAGUGUCAAUUCAUGUAGACCUCUUCACUCACCCUGGUACUGGAGAACAUAAAGUUACAGUUAAAAUUGUUGCUGUCAAUGAGCUGAUCUGGCACACAACAGCUAUGUUCCGACCAUUUGUAGAAGUUCAUGUGAUUGGACCGAAUCUCAGUGACAGAAAAAGAAAAUUUGCCACAAAGACAAAAAACAAUGUUUGGUCACCUAAAUACAACGAGACAUUUCACUUCAUUCUGAGUAAUGAGAAUGGCCCAGAGUGCUAUGAACUACAUGUGACGGUGAAAGAUUACUGCUUUGCCAGAGAAGACCGGAUCAUCGGACUGACAGUCAUCCAGUUAAAGGAUAUUGCCGAGAAAGGGAGCUGUGCAUCGUGGUACACUCUCAUCAAGAACAUUUACAUGGAUGAAACCGGCCUGACAAUUCUCAGAAUACUCUCACAGAGGACCAAUGACGAAGUGGCCAAAGAAUUUGUACGCCUCAAAUCAGAUACCAGGUCGACUGAAGAAACCACAUAAGAAGCAGAAGAGAGAUCUGCACAGCAGCAGAAUUAUCCUCAGUGCAUGUCUGUUUUCAAUGUGUGGGUAUGUUUAUCUGAAUAUGUGCAGGUGUGUGCAGAAAAUUACGAAGUACUUCAGGCCACUAGUCCAGUGAUGAAAUGGGGAGGACGUUAUCUCAGACAGUCCAUUCUAAUGAUAAAGUGCCAAAUCAAGAUUACCUAAGGGAAUUUUCUCCUGGUAUCUUGUGUUAUUUUGCAAUUUGCUAAAUGAUUAAAUUCUAACACUGACUUGCUAUUUUGUGGUUUUUAACACUAAAUAUUGGUCCUUCAUUUGUGACAAGCAUUGUCUCUUUACUUCUGCAAUGUUGGGCUGUGUCUUUCCAGAGCAUGUUAAUGUACCUCAGCUAAAUUACAUCCUAAAACUUACUAGUAUACUUUACAUUUUUGAAAGUUGCAUUUUCCCCACACUGAGACACUUAUAUUAAAGUAACUAUUCAUGACAUUUACAUUGCUUUCAAUUUUCACUUAAUUUACUAUUUUUACAUAUUACUGGUCCAUAUUAAGAUCAUAGACCAUAAGAUAUAGGAUCAGAAUUAGGCCAUUUGGCCCAUCAAGUCUGCUCUGCUAUUUCAUCCAUUCUUCCUCGUAAAGGAGCAAAACAAUUAAUAUUAACUUUGUUUUAUUUUCUUUUUCUGACACUUCACUGUGAAGAUGAUACUAGCUGACAUUGUAAUCAAUUUUAUUAAAGAGAAACAGCUCAUAAGCAAACUGGCAUUGUUAAUUUACAGAAGUUGCCAAAGGAAUUCAAGGUCCAUUCAGAACUUUUUAUGCCACAUGAAGAGGCCACAUAUGUUUACAAAGCAAUGGGCUGUUUUGGUGAUUUGAAUAGAAAAAUUACUAUGUUUCUGAUAAAUAGUGAAGCUGUUACUAUUUUCAAUGAUGCAGUUGUAAAUGUUGCUUUAUAAAAUGGUAAUAUUGUUCUUGCUGUAUCCCCCAUGGUUUCAACAUUUUCAACAACUGGUAAUUAUGCAACAUCCUGAUGUAUUGCACUGAUGUUGAAAUGAGUGUCAUGUAAAUAUACUUAGUGAACAAUUGUACAAUAAAGCAUUGAAAAGUUCCUGUCUUGCAUCACAAUAUUUGAUGCCAAACUUGUUCAGUGUUUGAUGUUGCAAUAGUACGGGAUGUCGUUGCAGCCUCACAUGGAGUACAGUAUACAGUUUUGGUCCCUCGCUUUAGCAAAUGGAGUAACACUGGAGACUGUACAAAAAGGAUUCUCUAGGUUAAUUCCUAUGAUGAGAGACUAUAUUUGUGGAGUUCAGA